AUGCCGAACGACGAGAGAGAGAAUGAUCGCAUGGAUCUGCAACACAAUCUUUUCAUCCGGACCUUCGAUGAUCGACUCGGCACCGCGCCGUCCAAUAACACCGGCACAAAGGUUGGAAGGGUUCUCGACAUCGGCACCGGCUCUGGUAUCUGGGCCAUAGACUUUGGUGACGAGCACCCCGAAUCAGAAGUCAUUGGCGUGGAUCUUUCUGUUGUCCAGGCAGGCUUCGUGCCGUCGAACGUUACUUUCGAAGUUGACGACAUCGAGGAGCCUUGGACCUUCUCGAACGGGUUCGACUACAUUCAUAGCCGAAUGAUGACUGGGAGCAUUAGUGAUUGGGACAAGUAUCUCCAGAAGUGUCACGACAACCUCAACCCUAGGGGCUAUCUAGAGCUCAACGACAUCGAUACCGUAAUACCUCUCUCCGACGACAGAACCCUCACAGAAGACACGAACCUCAUGAAAAGCGUCCGCCUGUGGCACGAGGGCCUUGCCGGCCUAGGAAGACAUUUUCAGGAGUUCAGCCGCUUCAAGGACACCUUAGCAAAGCCCAAAGAUAAGAAGCACAAGGAACUUGGUAUCUGGAACCUUGAGAAAAUUGCCCCGCAUUGGGAUGGCUUCAUCAUGGCCCCCUUGACUCGAGCUCUGGGCUGGACGAAGGAGGAUGUGCUUGCCCUCGGCAAGGAUGCUCGUCGCGACUUUGCCGACAGAAACAUCCAUGCUUACUUCAACAUGUGA